UCUACGGUUCUUUCUCACGUCUCUUGCCCAUGCCUCGCAUCCAGAGUCGGUCCACGGUCACCACCGCAGAAGUUCAACAAUUACAGGAGCAACGCUGAGAUGCCUGCCAGUGCCAUGACCACCCACUGAGAAAAGGGACGGAACCUUGAGUUGCGGACCCACGCUCACAUACAGACGAACCAGAGAGUGUGAGAGAGGAAGAACAAGGGAGCAGAGAGAGAGAGAGACACAGGGGAACGAGAGAGAAGAGAGGAAACGAGAGAGGGAGCGCGGUCGAUGGAUGCUGCUUGGACAGAGGGGACUCUGAAGGUGCACUCUUCGCUGACGAGGAACAGCAAGCUGCAGACAUGGAGGCAAAAGGCAGGGGCAUGCCCCAAGUCAUGGUGUGGUGGGAGAAGGGGAUCCAGGUUGUCCUCACCACUUUGGGGGCGUUUGCAGCCUUUUCCCUGAUGGCGGUGGCCAUCGGGACGGACUACUGGCUGUACGCACGGGCCUUCAUCUGCAACAGCACGGCCAACUCCUCCCAGGACGACCCCAACAACAAGGACAAGAAAGACCCUGGAGCCCUCACCCACUCUGGCCUCUGGAGGAUCUGCUGUCUGGAGGGGCUGAAGAGAGGAGUGUGCUCUCAGAUCAAUCAUUUCCCGGACGAUGCAGACUAUGAUCAAGAUGCAGCAGAGUAUCUCCUGCGUGUGGUCCGAGCCUCCAGUAUCUUCCCCAUCCUGAGUGCUAUACUCCUCCUGAUGGGGGCGAUGUGUGUUGCAUCCAGCAGCUUCUACAAAAGCAAGAGGAACAUCAUCCUAGGAGGAGGCAUCCUGUUUGUGGCUGCUGGCCUGAGCAACAUCAUUGGCGUGAUCGUGUACAUCUCUGCGGCGCUGAGCGACAUCUCACCCAAGAAGGACGAGGACAAGAAGUGGCAUUACUCGUACGGCUGGUCCUUCUACUUCGGAGGCCUCUCCUUCAUCCUGGCUGAGAUGGUGGGCGUCCUGGCCGUCAACAUCUACAUCGAGAAGAACAAGGAGCUGCGCUGCCGCUCUCGCACCGAACUCUUGAAGAGCACCACGCACGCCAUGCUCCGCCUUCCCAGCUACCGCUUCCGCCGGCGCUCCCGCUCCAGCUCUCACUCUACCGACCCGCCUGGCUCCCCCUGCGACACCUCACCCACAGGCGCCAAGUGUUUUGCAUUACCGCCAUCUGCUCCGCCUUUCUCCGUGGCCACCCUGCCCAACCCGCACCAUCCUGGUGGAGGAGUAGGGGGUGAUAUCUCCAUGUAUACCCUGACCCGGGACUCCAAGAUGGGGAGUCUUGGUGGCGGUGGGCCCCCCCUCUACGGCACGGGGGACCGGGCCUCCCUCUACCAGCUGCACAACUACUUCCCCAAAGAGGAAGUGGGGGUGAUGAUGAGCGGCACGCUGCCUUCUCUCUCCAAGUCCAACCUCUCUGCGGUGGGCCAGAAUGCCGCGGCCGGCGCCACUGCUAUUGCGCCCCUGAAUACCUUGUCGUCCUCCGGGCCUGCCCCCCAACAGCCACCUCUACCCACCGGCACCAUGGAGAGAGAGAGGGGCAUGGGCACCCUGGACCGCCUGGGGGGCAAACGGAACAGGGACACCGACUCGGACACGCUGAACAGGAGAACCACGCCAGUGUGAGCCUCUGAGAUAGGAGCAAGAGCCAUGGAGGUGGAGGGCAAAAUGGCGAGUAACGCUUUAUAGUAACUCCCUGUCGUACAGCCUACUUUUCGCUGCCAUACGUAAUAACUUUUAUAAGCAGUCAGGACAACUAGUGUAAAUUCUUGACAACUGCCUUAACAUGGUCAUGACGGCUUAUACAGUGGCCUCAAUUCUCUAGUUAGCUAGUACCCAUAGUUAGCUUGCACAUACUUGCUGUAUGCGACAUACUAGUGUUUGAUUACCUAAUGUAUUCGUGUUUAUGACUGAUUAUGACAUUGAUCGUUUGAGGACUGUAUGACAGGGCUUCUGUAAAGUGUUGCCAAAAAGGGCCGUAGAAAAAUGUAAGAUAACUGAACGAGAAUAAUUGGCCAUUCCAGUCUGUUUUUGACUACUCUGAAUACAUCUAUUCCACUGACUAGAAUAUCAAAUGUAUUAUUAACAAUAUUAUUCAGUAUAUAUUCAUUCUGAAAUGCACAAUAUAUCAUUCCGAGUGCUUGAUUAUCAUAGCCAGGUUACAAGACUGUAAAGAUUGUAACUUCUUGAAUAUGAUCACAUUGCUGUUGUUUUUAUUCUCGUAUUUGUAAAUGCAGGGUAAAUUUGAACAUUUUGAACUAUGAUUUUUGUAUUUUUGUAUUUCUGUAAAGUUGAGAAUUUUCAUUGAUUUCUAGCUCCAUCACACUUAAUCCGAUGGUGUCAUGUGGAAAGCAUGUGUGAAAAUAUGAGUGUAAUAUUGUAUUUAUAUUUUAUUUUAAAUAUAUUUUAUUUAUUAUUAAUAUUAAUAAUAAGUCGCUAUUAUUAUUAUUAUUGUUAUACUUAUUGUUAUUAUCACAUUUUUAAGGCUAUUAUUUUUGUUUGCUAAUACGGAUAUAACCAACAUAGCCUAAUCUGUGUUUUUAUUGUUCCUGACAAGUGUAUUAGAUUAUAGACUUUAUAUGAAUCUAUUUAUUUUAGCAAUGGUAUAUAUUCUUAAUGUUAUUCUUUAAAGCGGCGAUUCUCAACUGAUGGGUCGCGACCCAAAUUUGGGUCACGGGAGGCUUUGAAUGGGUCGCAGUCUGAACUUAAAUGACUAAACAACUAAAACCAGGUAGUAAGUGAUUAAAUAAUUGAAUCUCUUAAAUAUUUUUCUUCAAUCAUAGUAUUUUCAAAAUAGAGCUAGCAGGGCUAUUUAGCGGAUUUGGUUGAUUUUGUGGUCUCAAACCAGUGAGCUUAUCAACAUUCUUCAUAAAGAAUAUGGGCAAAAUUGACUUAUUUCCUUAGUCAUAUAAUUUGCUACAAUUACUAUGAAUAUAGCAUAAAAAAGAAAUUCCAGAUUACAUUUUGGCGUUUGUUUUUUUACACUAUGCGAAUAUUGGAUCGCGACUGGGAUAAUCUGGUUUAAUUUGGGUCCCGAGGCAAAACCAGUUAAGAACCGCUGCAUUAAAGGGCCUACCUUGGGGUUAGGGGGCUGAAAACCUGUGAUCCUGUGACUGAAGAAGACAACGAUCUCUUCAUGAUACAUGAUAUUUCUACUCUACUGCACAUGAAUCAAACUAAGGACAUUUGUGAUGUUUAAGCAAUACACAAUUCUGAGCCUC